AUGGAUAUAGAGCAGACUAAUAGUGUAGAGACACCUGAGUCCCAGGAGAUUGAGGACCAGGAGAAACCUCCCUGCAUCCUUUGGACUGGGAGUUUGAAGAAAACACCAAUUGUAAGAUUUAGAGCAGAAGCCUUAACUAAUGAUCCACAUCUGCACAAGGUGGGGACUAAAUACAAAAUGUGCUUUAAGAUGGUUGAUGCUGGAUCUUCCCUUGUUCGCACCAUCCUCUCUUCUCAUGGAUUUCAAGAGGUCCAUCCCAUCAGCAGAAACUUCAAUGUGAUGUGGACAGGUCCCCUCAGAAGCACAUCUGUUUUGACUAAUCUGACCAAGUUCCAGAGAAUCAACCACUUUCCUAAAUCCUCUGUACUAGGCCAGAAGGAUCUCCUGUACAAGAAUAUUCAGAACCUGCAGCUCAAGCACAGGAACCACAGGUUUGACUUUAUACCACCAAGCUUUGUUCUUCCUGAUGAAUACAAUCAGUUUAGCAGAGUUAUUUCCAAAGAUCAAGGCCCUUGGAUUGUAAAACCGGUGUCAUCCUGUCAAGGUCAUGGAAUACAGCUGAUUAAUUCACUGUCUCAAAUAAGCAGAAAAGAUAAGCUCCUGGUAUCAAGGUACAUCCAAAAUCCUCUUCUAAUUGAUGGGUUAAAAUUUGACAUUCGCCUCUAUGUGUUGGUAACUUCCUAUGAUCCAUUAACUAUUUAUUUAUUUAAAGAAGGGAUCACCAGGUUUGCCACAAGAAAAUAUAACUUGACAAAAGAGAACAUGAACAACAGAUUCGUUCACUUGACCAACUACAGCGUAAACAAGAAAAGUGCAUCUUUUGUGAGCUGUCGUAAUCCACAUGUGGAGGACUAUGGCAGCAAAUGGAGUAUGAGUGCUUUGCUGAAUUAUUUAAAGAAAAAUGGAAAAGACACAGCAACACUCAUGUCCAAGAUUGAGGAUGUUAUUAUCAAAACUAUUAUUUCAGCAGAAGGCACUAUUGCCUUAGCAAGUAAAUCAAUGCUUGCGCACAGAAAAAAUUGCUUCGAAAUAUAUGGGUUUGACAUCCUCAUUGAUGAGAACAUGAAGCCUUGGAUGCUGGAGGUUAAUUUAUCUCCAUCCCUCACUUGUGAUGCACCACUUGAUUUGAAAAUAAAGGCUAAUGUGGUGGCAGACGCUCUCACUAUAACUGGUGUGGAGUGUAAGGAUCCCUGUGAGAGGCAGAUCAAAGGAGGCUGCACAACAUCUGAGACCAGACCUUGCCAGGCAAGAAACAGAUCAUUUGCAGAGAGAUUGGAAAUCUUUGAAGGGGUCAAGGAUGAAGAAGAGAGGAGUGGGGGUUACAUACGGAUAUUCCCAAGAGAAGACACCUGGAAGCGGUAUGGUUCCCUCCUAACUAAUACAUCCUUGAAUCAAGCCCUGGCUUUACAUCUUUACCCAGAGAAGGCAGUGGUACGAGAAAGCAGCACUUAUGAACCUCAGCAGCAAGUACCUGCAUAUGAGUGCCAGCUGCCUCCCUUGAAACAAACCGUACGUAGAUACCAGGAGAUGACACGCAAAGUGUCCAGAGUUGCCAGAGAGGUGCGCCAGGAAAUUGAAAAACCUGUCCUGGUAGCAGGGAGCAGGAGACCUUCCAAUACUUCUGAAAAAUGCCACCACAGAAGAAGAGAACCCAGCCAGGAUUUAAACAAACAACCCGAUGAUCUGCGGCCUAGGGUGUUAUGCUCACACCAUGCCUCUGCUGGCAGUGUACAGGUGUCAGAGGAUUUAUUGAAAGCUAGGUUUGAAUCCAUGAAACAGCAGGAGGAGGCAUUAUUAAAAAGACGUUCCAUUGAAGUUUCAAAUAUAGUUGCUGGCUUCUCCAGUAUUUACAAACAGGCUUUCGGUGAAACAAAACUCUUAUAG